CGUGAAUUUUAAGUUGUAAGGCACAAAAAUGGCUGGAAUUAAGAAGUAUCUCCUACUUUUUGCACAAGAUUUUGUAGAGUUUCGAUAUCCUGAGAUUGAGUCGUUAAUUAAAUUAUUUAAAAUUAAUGUGGAAGUGCCAAAACCAACACCGAUUGAGCGACCUUACUGGAUAUUAGAAAAUGUUGAGGAAUCAGAAGUUCGACAAAUCGCGAGUCGUUCUGUGUCACUUAAGUUUGUGGCUGAAAUAUGGUCGAGUGGAACUAGUUAUGAUGAAUUUCAUGGAAAUGUCAAGAAGUUAAUGCCUUUAAUAGACAAAAAAUACAAAAAUGAAUCUUUCAAGUUUAUGGUCGAGACAUACAAUAAGCAUAUUAAGCUUAAACAGAGGAUUGAAAAGAUUGAGACAAUGAAUUAUCUUGAUUCGGUGUUAGGAACUAUCGAUUUAAAGAAUCCAGAUAAUACUUUUGUGUAUUUUGAGUAUUAUGGAAUCGACGAUUUAAAUGUUCCAGUACAUCCAGAGCAUAUUUAUUUCGGACGAUAUAUUGCUGAUGGACAGAGAGAUUUGUUUAAUAAGAUAUCUCUGAAAACUAGAAAGUUUAUUGGCAACACUAGUAUGGAUCCUCAACUAUCAAUCUUAAUGGCUAAUCAAGGCUUAUGCUCCCAAAAUGACCUCAUGUUCGAUCCAUUUUGUGGAACUGGAUCAAUGUUAAUAGCUGGAGCACUUUUUGGAAGCUAUGUUAUCGGAAUGGACAUUGACUACCUUACACUUCAUGCCAAGACAAAACCAAGUAGAGCUUUGCAGAAAGUACGUGCAGCAGACGAGAGCAUUAGAGCCAAUAUGGAGCAGUAUAACUUACAAAAUCUGUACCUUGAUGUCUUUGUCGGUGACUUUGCCAAUUAUCCAUUGAAAGGGAACUUAAAAUUCGACUCAAUAAUUUGUGAUCCUCCCUACGGUGUUCGAGAAGGAUUAUUAAAGGUAGAAAAGAAGGAGGGACGAAAAUUUACAGCAAUGACAGAAGAUGCUGUCCAUUAUCCAUCGUUAUCGGACUAUAAAAUGACAAAUUUGUUUCACGACCUGUUGAAUUUCUCUGUAAAGCACUUGAAGAUUGAUGGACGGCUAGUCUGUUGGUUCCCAAUACCUGACAAGUUUUAUGAUGACACAAUUUUUCCUCAACAUUCAGCUUUAAAGCUCAUUUCAACAUCCAGACAGCAACUUAUUGGUGAUACAUCCAGAAUCCUUUUAACAUACGAAAAAAUAGCUGAAACUGGAGAACUCGUAAAGAAUGAUGCUCUAGAAAAUGUGGACUUCCGAAUGAAAUAUUUCACGCAAUACGAUAAGGAACGAAAGGAAACAAGACACAAAAAUCACCAAAAGAAUCUUGAAGAAGCUGAAAAGCGCGGAAUCAAAUUAAUGAAUAAAACAGAAUGGAAAAAGUAUGUGAAUAAAAAGCGACAAGCGGAAGCGAUGGACAAGGAUUCGUGAUUUAAUUUAAAUCUAAUUCAAUUUUUA